AAUGUCGUCAGAUUGUCGUGCAGUGGUUGGUUUUGUUUUAAGGUUAUGUUUAUUUAUUUGCCUAAAUAAACAUUAGUUUUCUAAUAUCGUCAUGCCGCCAAAGAAGAGAGUAACUGUACAUAAUAAACGGGUUAACCAUCACGUUCAACGGGAUUACGCAGAGAGGCUAAAUGAUUUAUGUAUCGAAUCAUCAGACGAAAGCUCUAAAAACACUGAUUCUGACGAUGAAGGUACCGAAGCUACCUUUGCUGUGAGCAUGUGGGACUUAAACCAUUGCGACCCUAAGAAAUGUUCUGGUAGAAAAUUACUAAGACAUAAUCUCAUAAAGAAUUUGAAGCUCGGCCAAAGGUUUCAAGGACUAGUUUUGUCACCAGUUGGUACACAAUGUGUGAGUCCGGCAGACAAAGAUAUCAUAGAAAAAUUUGGUCUUGCUGUUAUAGAUUGCUCUUGGGCAAAGAUUGAUGAGACACCUUUUGGACGAAUGAAAUCAAACCAUCCUCGGCUGUUACCCUUCCUAGUGGCAGCAAAUCCUAUCAAUUAUGGAAAACCAUAUCAAUUGAGCUGUGUAGAAGCAUUAGCAGCAGCAAUGUUUAUCACUGGUCAUAGACAAGAAGCUAAAUUUUACCUUUCAAAGUUUUCCUGGGGACAUUCUUUUUUGGAAUUAAAUUCAGAAGUUUUAGAUUUAUAUGCAAACUGCACAGAUAGUAGAAGUGUCAUACAAGCCCAAAACACAUACUUAGAAAAUGCUGAUAAAGUAAAGGAUGAUAGGCCCAUGUGGCCCCCGAGCGAGUCUGACACAGAGUCAGAAGAAAGUUAGUAUUAUUUUAAAUCAAUAUACACGUGUAUACAUAUAAUAUAAUUGUAAAUAAAAUGUAAACUUUACAUGCCUUUAUUAGAUCUAUCUAGAAUUAAAUAUGUGUCUCUUGGAUAUUAAUAAUAAUGCUUACCCUGUGUCACUUAUACAUAAUAAAUGUCAUGUCAUAAGUAAAUCUUAUCUCACUAGGGCAAAUGCUGAGUAACAAUGUUAUAAUCUAAAAUACAAAAUAGGGAAUCUGUUGUAUGUAUAUACAAAUCUAAUAUUGCAAGAAGAUUGAUUAU